AUGCGGUUCCAACAGGACGCCAUCCUCGAAGUUCCUCAGCCAGACGGGGUACCUCAGUGGACGAACUUUGGCAGGCAUUCGCUCGUGGAAAUUUUGCAACAGAGCGAUGCUGUGCAGGAAAUUGCCUGCCAAGGACACGAUUCCGACGUCGCCAUCCAUCAAUUCGGUUUCCAGCCACCGCAACAGCUUCCUCAAGCGUGGUUGCGUCGGAUGUUGCUCAUGAAUCAUGAUAUCCCCACCCAGCCCUUGAAAUCCGAACGUUGUUCGACUUCGAAUUGUUUGUUCGAAUCACCGGCCUCCAUGUAA